AUGCAGACCAAGGCCACCCUCAUCGCCCUCAUCGGCCUCUUCGCCACCUCGGCCAUCGCCGUGCCUACCUACCCCGGCGAGGCCGGCUCCUACGACGCCUGCCCCGACGGACUGUACUCCAACGCCCAGUGCUGCGCCACUGAUGUGCUCGGAGUUGCGGACCUCAACUGCAACUCUCCUUCUGCGGUUCCCACCAGCGCUUCCAGCUUCGAGAACAUCUGCGCCACUGGCGGAGACCGUGCCCGAUGCUGCGUCCUCCCCGUUCUUGGUCUCGGCGUUCUUUGCCAGACCCCUGUCGGUCUCGGCGGACAGUAG